AUGUCUUCCACAAAGCGUAAGAGCGAAGGUCUCACAUCCGGCGACGCCAAUAAGAAGCCCAAGGUGAACGCGAGCAUAACAUCGUUCUUCGGUGCACCUAAGAGCUCGCCCGCCUCGUCCCCCGCGAAAUUUGGUGCGGGCCCCGAAUCGGCGCCCCUCAAAUUCGACAAGGACAAGUGGGUCGCGGGCCUAACGCUAGAGCAGAAGCGCCACCUCCAGCUUGAGAUCCAGACCUUGGAUCCCAGCUGGCUGGUUCACCUCAGAGAAGAGAUUACAUCUCCCGAUUUCAUCGAGCUCAAGAAGUUCCUCGAGAGCGAGGUUAAGGCCAAUAAGAAGGUGUUCCCACCUAGGGAAGAUGUCUACUCAUGGUCUCGCCACACACCCUUCAACACAGUCAAGUGCGUGAUCCUAGGUCAAGACCCCUAUCACAAUGUCAACCAAGCGCACGGUCUAGCCUUUUCCGUCCGCCCUCCAACCAAGGCUCCCCCUUCUCUCAAAAACAUGUACAUCGCGUUGAAGAAGGACUACCCGGAUUUCGUGCCCCCGCCCAACGGUGGUGGUCUGUUAACCCCCUGGGCGGAGCGCGGUGUUCUCAUGAUCAAUACAUGUCUUACUGUGCGCGCGCACGAGGCUAACUCCCACGCGAACCGUGGCUGGGAGCGCUUCACGCAGAAAGUCAUUGACUUGGUGGCGCAGAAGCGUACUCAUGGUGUUGUAUUCCUAGCCUGGGGCAUCCCCGCCGCGAAGCGAGUUACUAAAGUUGAUACCAAGCGCCACCUUGUGCUGAAAAGUGUGCACCCGAGCCCGCUGAGCGCGUCAAGGGGGUUCUACGACUGCGGACAUUUCAAGCAGGCUAAUGAGUGGCUUGCGAAUAGAUAUGGUGCGGACGGCGUUAUCGAUUGGAAUCUUAAUCCAUGCGAGAAGAAACCAGAGGAAGCGAAAAAAGAAGUUUCGCCGCCUGUUGUAGCUGUAGGAAAAGUGGAUGAGGAGAAGGGUGAGGAGAGUAAAAUCCUUCAGGAGGAGGGUGAAGAGGGCAAAGAAGAUAAACUAACGGGAAGUGAUGCUGAAUCAAAGUGA